UCAGCUGUGUAUUAAUACUCUUUGCAUAAAACAACUCAUUAGGUUAGACAAAACGGCAAAGUAAUAGAUAAGGGAAUUCGUGUUACCAAGAAUGGUAUAUAAAAAGAGUAAUGGCGUUUCGAGUUAGUGUUCUCUAUUCCUUUCUUCCGUUAAUCCCAUAAAACGCCAUGACAUCUAAAGCAACUGAUUUUGUUCUUGACAAGCCAAACGAUCUGGAAGAGUGGCGCGCGAAAUUGGUAGGCAAGACCAUGGUUGACGGUGAUGCUCAAAUUACAUCAGAGGUGUUCCACGUAAAGGAUCUUCCGAACGUUAGCAGAGUCCUGGGACCGACAACGCCUGCAACUAGAGACUAUAUUCCCAACCGGCUCAACGUCCAAACCGAUGAAAACGACAAAGUGACCACGGUGUAUUAUUGUUAAAAAAAGCCAAAGUAAAAGACGAAAUAUUCGCAAAAGAGAAAAGAAGGA